UUUUUGUUCUUCAACAUGUGGCGAUACACCGUUACAUUAUUCGACUACUGUUUUAACGGUUGUUUUUUUUUCAGGUUGAAAGACGACAAGUUGUAUCCAUGGGCUCUGGAAAUAUCUUCUCUCAUUCUGGUUCCGGAGAGCGCCAAUCAAACGAUCUACACUCAGUCUCUUUCGGAAAAGGAUGCCGGCAAUUAUACGUGUGUUCUCAAAAACGAUACCGUCAUCCAUAGCCACACUAUCCACCUGAGAGUGUUCGAAAAAGUACCCGAUGAUCCGAAAAUAACCUACAUUUCAAGAGAUACCAUCACGGCUGUGGGACAAAGUUUGAGACUAUUUUGCGAGGCAUUUGCUGGUGAAGUGGAUCUUCCAGACGCCCACAGCGAGGCAUACUGGAAAAAAAUCAGUGCCAAUAACUCGAUUUAUGAUGUGCCAUCUUACGCUCAACAGUUGAAAAUAGACAGGGAAGAUGGGCAAACGUUUGGGACUUACCUGAUGAUUGACGAAUUGAGCAAGGAAGAUUUCGGAACGUAUGUGUGCACCAUCAGUAAACCUGGAAAUACGAUAGAGAGAUUCGUUUCUGUCAUAGAAAAAGUGGACGAAGUGGAGUACUUGAACCCUAAUCCCGUUCCUGUCGUCAAAAUGAUCCUGAUCAUGUCAGCCGUGCUGUUUUCCGGUUUGGCUUUGAUAGUCCUAUACCUCAAUUUCGGCCUGAAGGUACAGGUCAGGAUGAAGGAUGCCUUCAGUCCUCUCGAAGAGAACGAUGGAAAGGAGAGAGACGCCAUGAUUGUUUUCGCCCCGCAAGAUUCCGACGUCGCUCUGGGGGUGCUUCUCCCCACCCUGCAAGACCGGUUCAAUUACAAGUGCGUUUCGAAGGAGUUGACCACCAGCGUCAGUAUGUGGUAUACACAAUUGAAAGAAGAAGCCCAAAAGUGUCGACGCAUCAUCGCCGUGCUAUCACCAACUCUGCUCAAGGAAAACUGGGAAUGCAGCCAAAUCCUUGAAGCUCUCAGACAGUUGCGAUCCCUGGGUCCACAGCUGAUCUGCGUCUCUCUGAAGGAACUGCCAAAGAACGAGAAUGAAGUAAAAAAUGCGCAAGGUGAAACACUGGCGGCUCUCUCACGGUCUUUGGGUGUCAUCUUGUGGGAACGGAAACAGGACCAGCGCUUCUGGUACUCGCUACGACUGAGAUUGCCUCCGAAGAGAAACGAAGCUUUAAGUGAGCACCAGACGAGCUCUGACUGCCUGGACAAUUUGGUGUGAUUCCAUCACUGUUCACCACAAAUGAACAGUUUGUUCAAUUGUAAAUAUUUAUUAAUUCUUGUUCAAUAUUGUUUUAUUUUUUAUAUUGAAGUAAUCGAUUGUUAAAUAGGAAAUGACUUAUUUGUCGUGAUAAUGUGUUUCUUUAACGAUAUGGAUGUGACCUUAGCGAAAAUUCUUUCAAGUGUAUUUCUUGCAAACAGUUUAUGGGUGACACGGUUUUCAUGAAAACUUGAGGGAUUGGAAAGUAUUAUUUGACGAGGUUACAAAAAGAAAGUGAGCAAUCGAAUGUGAUACAAUUUUUUAAUGAUUUGUAAUUUCGUUUCGGUUCGACAAUCAUCACGUCUGUAUUUUGACUGAUUGUGGACUUAUUUUGAAAAGGCAUUAGAUGCCUCUAGAGAAUGAUAUAUGUGAGUUAAAUAAUAUCUGAGAUUUUGUAUUUUUUUGUACUGAUUAUUUUCCCUUCGGUAUUGCAAAUGUUUUUGCAGUCUAGAAUAAGAAUCGACAACUAUUUAUUGAUAUAAUUUUAUUUAAAAUUGUCUAAAAGUGAAAUUGUGAUUUUUCUUAUCUUUAUUACUAUAUUAUGGUGUAAUUGAAACUUUUUCUACAGAAAAAUAUAAAACUGAUUUACAAAAAUAUCUUUUGUUGAAAUGA